AGCUGUACACCCUGACGAUGGCGCGCGCAAGCGCAACUCGCUUUUUGUCCGAGGUUGCUCUUCUCUAGCGUAAUUAAAACUCUAUGAAUGGAGGCAGGCGAAGUUGGAUCGUAGGGUGAAGGCGGUGAAACUGGUGAAACGUGCUUUAGUAAAUGCAUGCCUCAAGAGUUAGUGUUCGCUGGUUUUCAGCUCGACAGGCACUCAACUGCAAGACAGUGAUAUCUCGUAAGACGGAGAGAAUGUGCGGUCCUUUGCGGCAACGGUCCGUUUCGAAAUUUGUGACGGUGCCACCCGGUCAUCAGAUGAACGUUUUCGACAGAAAGGCCAAAACUCGUCACAAAAACUUGGCUGCUUCUGAUCCCAACGGUGAAGUUUACGACUAUUUAAAGAGUGAAGCUGGGUACCGACUGGCGGACAGGGUUUUUGACAUCAAAAGGAAAUUCAGUGUUGCCGUCGAGCUUGGUUGCGGACGGGGCUAUGUUGGCCAGCACUUGGACAAUGAAGCUGUCGAAUCGCUGAUUCAGUGUGACACGUCGGAAGGCUAUCUUGCUCACUGCAAACCACCUCAAGAUGUUCCCACAACAAGAAUGGUAGUAGACGAAGAAUUUCUCCCAUUUGCUGACAACUCUGUCGACAUUUUCCUGAGCAGCCUGAGCUUGCACUGGGUAAACAACCUACCGGGGACCUUCAAACAGGUCCAGACGGCCCUGAAGCCCGACGGGGUGUUCCUGGGUUGCGUCUUUGGAGGCGAGACACUGUACCAGCUGCGCGGGGCCCUGCAACUGGCCGAGACGGAACGCGAAGGGGGCUUCGGUGCACACGUCUCGCCCUUCGUGCAGCCACAGGACUUGGGUGGCCUCUUGCACCAGGCUGGAUUCACCAUGCUGACCCUUGAUUCUGACGAGCUUGUGGUGAACUACCCGACUGCAUUUCACCUCAUGGCGGACCUUAAAGGCAUGGCAGAGAACAAUGCAUCAUGGAAGCGCAAGUCCCACUUGCACAGAGACUCUAUGGUUGCGGCAGCUUCUGUUUAUCAGCAGUUGUACGGGAAGGAUGACGGGACCGUGCCAGCCACCUUUCACAUUCUUUCAUUUAUUGGCUGGAAACCACAUCCCUCUCAGGCGAAACCUGCCCCGAGGGGAUCUCAGGAUGUGUCCUUCAAAGACCUUGCGUCCUUAACAGAGCCUGCAAAGAAGACGUAGCAACUGACACUGAAAAGUAGCAUUAAAUUUUAGGUAUCUCAUUUGAAAAUGGAAUAAAGUGCCAUUUAAAAACCACA